UAAACAUUAUGUGUAGUGGGUAAUGCAGGAACAUGUCAAUCACUGUUUCCUUUAAUUUAACUUUCUCUAACAGAUGAUGCGAAGACCCCGAACGACAACUGCCAAAGCUGUUAAGUACAAAGAUGUGGACUCAGACCUGUCAUUUUCUCAGACACUGAGUAGUGAUGAUGAGGAUAGUGAAGAAUGGAAGCCAGAGCCAAAGACGAAAGCUUCCAGACAGACCACCAGAGCCCCUGCAACAGGGGAGAAGAAAGCUGCUGUCAAAAGAGUGGCUAAACCAAAGGAACCAAAAGAACCUAAGGUGCCUAAAGUGCCUAAAGUGCCUAAAGAGCCAAAGCCAAGGACACCACGAAAACCUGCUGCAGGGCGGAAAACACAGGCCACUGCACUUCAGAAGGAUCCUGGUGCAUCAGGUCUGGCUGGAACAAAGAGGAAAAAAAGUGAUGAGGGCGAAAAUGAUGACAAGGCUGGAAAAGGCGAAGGAGAAAAGCCAAAAGACUGUCCAGAGGCUGGGCCAAGUAUCAAAAUGAAGGAGGAGAGGCUGUCAUUUAUUGUUUCAGAAGCCCAUCAGGCAGACGGAUGGGCAGGUGAGGGGUCAUCAGUAGCAAAGAAAGAGGAAAUGGAGGAAGAUUUCACGUUCGGUGAGCCCUGUCUGAAGAAACAGAAGACCAGCAGUGCCUGCCAGGGACAACAAACUGCACUACCAUCAUCAAUAGCACACGCUCUGAGGAAUGAACUCAAUAUGAACUGGGACCUGAUAGAGGUGCUGUCCAUCCUGACAUGUGUGGAGCGAUGGGUGUGUGCAAACAUCGUCAAGCUGCUGCGGGAGGAGAACACUGUGCCGUUCAUGGUGCGGUACCGCAAAGAGAUGAUUAACCAAAUGGACGCUGAUGCUGUCCGAGAUGUCCAGCUGGUGUACGAAGAGUUAGGCUCUCUGGCUAAGAAGACCCAGUCUGUGAUUCAGACCCUGAAGAAGGAUGGGGUUUUGACAGCUGAGCUGGAACAAGACCUGAGAAACUGUCGAUCAGCUGAUGAACUCGAUCAUGUGUAUUCUCCGUAUAAGAAAGGCAGCAAGCUGACAAAGGCUCGCAGGGCCAAAGCUCUCGGCCUUGAGGAGGCUGCCUCCAAACUGAUGGAAGCACCAGACACUCUGGAUUUAAGGGCAUGGGUAAAACCUGGUACUGAAGGUCUGUCAUCAGUGGAAGAAGUGGCUACAGGUGUCGAGCAUAUCUUGGCUGAUAUGAUAGCCAAAGACCCAGAGACACUCACCUACGUGAAAACAUCGUGUGAGAACAGCUUUGUGACCAUCCAGUCCUCUGUGUCCAAGUCUGCACUAAAGGAAAAAGAGCAGGGGAAGUCUGUUAAAGACCAGAAGAAACCAGGGGCCCAGCAAAACAAAAAUAAGGAUGUUGACAAGUUCAACCUCUACUUUGAUUUUACCAGUAACAUCCAACGCAUCCAGCCCCAUCAGACCCUGGCUAUUAACCGAGGGGAGAGUCUGAAGAUUUUGACAGUGAAGGUGAACAUUCCUGACAGGGUGAAGAGUGACUUCACUAGGUGGUGCAUCAACAACAGAUGGAGGCCGAAGACCUUUGCAAGAGGAGAACUUCAUGCAAUCAUCAAAAAUGCAGUAGAAGACUCUUAUAAAAGGCUAAUUCUGCCUUUCCUCACCAGGAGUUACAGGACUAAGCUGACAAGUGCAGCAGAGAAGGAAUCGAUCGCCUUGUUUGUGCGUAAUCUCCGCCAGCGCCUGUUGGUGUGUCCAGUCAGGGGCUGUGUCAUAUUGGGGGUGGACCCUGGUUAUAGACAUGGCUGUAAGCUGGCAAUACUCUCCCCCACUAGUCAGAUUCUCCAUACUGAUGUUGUCUACCUGCAUAAUUCAGGCCAACAAAAAGAAGCAGAGAAACUUCGCCACCUUAUGCUUAAAUACAGCUGCACCAAGGUUGUCAUUGGCAAUGGGACUGCAUGUCGUGAGACUGAAUCCUUCUUCGCUGAUCUCAUCUCAAGGCGCUUUUUUCAACCCCUGGAUUUGUCUUACUGUAUUACCAGUGAGGCAGGAGCAUCCAUCUACAGUGUGAGUCCUGAGGCGGUCAAAGAGAUGCCAGACAUGGACCCCAACCUGAGGAGUGCAGUGUCCAUUGGAAGACGUGUCCAAGAUCCAUUGGCUGAGCUUGUGAAGAUUGAUCCCAAACACAUAGGCAUUGGAACAUACCAGCAUGAUGUGUCAGCUGGUGCUCUGAAGGCGGCGCUGGACAGCGUUGUGCAGGAGUGUGUGAGCUUUGUGGGGGUGGACAUCAACAUCUGCUCUGAGACACUGAUGAGGCAUGUAGCGGGCCUAAAUGCAGGCAGGGCUCGCAGUAUUGCAGAGUGGAGAGAGCAGAAUGGUUCCUUCAUCAACAGGGAGCAACUCAAACUGGUCAAAGGCAUGGGGCCCAAGACCUACCAGCAGUGUGCCGGCUUCAUUAGAAUCAACCCGCAAACCUUCGACAGUGCCCAAUCCACACAUCACCAUGCACCAGCAGUGUCAGGGAAACCGGCGGCCAAGAAGGGCAAAGGAAAGGCUUGUGUCAACAUACCAACCUCAUUUAACCCCCUGGACCAGACCUGUAUACAUCCCGAGUCCUACCAUGUUGCACAGAGAUUUCUGUCCCUCGUUGGUGGGAGUGCUGAUCAGAUCGGAAGUGCAGGCCUGCAACAGUGUGUCGAGAACAAGGUUAAGACCAGCAGUGUCGAGGAAUUGGCCAGGACAAUGGACACCACACCUGAGACCCUCAAACUCAUCAUAGAUGGCCUCACGCAGCCUCCUGGGUUUGACAUACGGCAAAAUUUUGGCCAGGCGGACUUUAAGCGGGGCAUUGUGUCCAUGAGUGAUCUUCGGGUGGGUGCGGUGCUGACGGGCCGGGUGGACAACACUACUCUCUUCGGGGCUUUUGUAGAUAUCGGUGUCGGCCGCUCAGGCCUCAUCCACAAAAGCAACAUCAGUCUGGACAAGCUGCCGGUCAGCCAGCGCCGCCGCAGCCUGGUAUUGGGACCUGGAGAACGGGUGGAGGUCCGGGUUCUGAAUGUGGACCCUCAGAGGGGAAGGAUCGGCCUGGACCUGAUCAGGGUCCUACAAUGAUUAACUUUAUAGUGUUAUAAAUACUUCAUUAUUAGCGACUGAGAAAGAUUUAGGAUUGGAAGUUACACACAAACCUACUGAGAGGCAAAUUACUCCAUGAUGAUCUAAUUUCUGAUUCGGUUUUUACAAGCAGAUAAACAGAAAUGAACAAGCCGUUUUAGAAGGCAACAUUUUAAGUGCACUUACAGGAAUGGCCCUUUACUGUUCAAUCAAAAUAAUACAGAUUCAACCAAUGUCUGUAUUAUUUGUGGGAGCUUGCAUGUUUUAAACUGCAGCUCUUUCACAUUUUCUGUAAAAAAUGCUUGUAGUUUUAAGAUAAUGUAAUGAAAAUGUUGAAGGUCCAAGUUAAAUAACCUCAAACCAAACUUCCUCAUAGUUUCAUUAACGGCUGGG